CCCCAUUGGUCGGGGCCGCCCGCCACGUGGCCUCGGCGCCCCGCUUCUCAUUGGCUCCUUUCGAAUCCCGCCGGCUCCAUUCCCCACCCUUCCCAGGUUUUCCGUUCCCGUCCGACGGGAGCCUGAUUGAAUGACUGCAAACAUGAAUAUGGAUCGUAAUAGGGGUUUAACCUGGAUGGAAAACUGUAACAACGAGUUUCCCUCUCCACUGGACUCGAGGCCAUCAUUUGGGAGAAAACCAAAAGUUGACCUGGACACCAAGAGCCCUGAUGUGGCAAUGAAGCACUGUCGAUUGGCAGUGUGUCAGAAGAAGCAAGUGAUUUUAAAAAGUCAAAAUUGUGCUGCAUCUGCUUGGUUAAAUGGAAAAUCUGUAUCUGAUGGAAAUUUGGUGAAACAGUGUGAUAUUACAGUUUUUAAUGGUGCUGUCAGGCUUGAGAACCAGGAUUUGGAAACCCACGCUUCAUUACCUACCAAGGAUGCAACAGCACAAGAGAAUCUCGCAUUGGAAGAGCAUUUACCCAAGAAGGCAAGAAGGAAUGCACCUGGCAAAAGGAAAUCGAGAGAUGAUCCCUUAGGUGAAAUGACAAUCGCAUCAGUCAAAAACCCUUAUCGAAGCACCAAGCAGCUAUUUUGCAGACAGUUAUUACAAGCAAGUAAUAGACUGCAUGUACCAUUAACUUCUCAAGAGAAAAAAACAUUGCAAAUCAACAAAUUAGUGAAAUGUUGGUCCAGAGCACAGGAAAUGUCUAUCCAUCAAGAAGAUUCAGAUGAAGCUCGUGAAAAUGCAACUGUAGAUAGGCCAAUAACAGCAUUCGAGCUGGACCUCCAGCCUGAGGAUUUAACUCAGAUUGAUGGAUUGCCAUGGAGACCUGUUGCUCGAGAAAGUAAAGGCCAAACAAUACAAAGCAUUGGUAGAGGUGGUGAGGGGAGGGCUUUAUUCCUAGCAACACCUGGUGAUUGUGCUCCUUGCAGCAAGUUUGUUGGUGAAAGUAUUACAAAUAAACAAGAAGACCGACAGAUGCAAGUAGAUAAAGAUCAAGCCAAUGCUGCAGUUUCAAUUACUGCAAAAACACCCUCCACUCCACUGGCUUCUUCAAUGAGCUCUGAAAACCAACUGGGAGUCGCAGCAGACAUGUUUCACCUGAAGUCAGCAGAAAACUUCUGUACACAGAGGAAGAGAUUUUCUCGGCGAGCAUCUUCUGUUGGAGCCCGAGGAUCCCCAGAGACCAAUAGCCUUAUCCGCUACAUAGCCAAACAGAGAAUGCAGCCACAGGAACCCCAAAAAGCUGCGCUGCUGAAGACUAAGAUGGCAGGUUUCAUGGACACGUUUCAAGCUUCAGAACAGAAUGAGAGGAAAAUGUCUAUCCCGGAGCUCAUGCAUCUUUCUGAUUUGCAACAAGCUGGUGCAACUCCUGCAGUGCAUCAUGACUAUAUCCUUCCUCUAAGUGACAGUAAACUACCAGUAAAGAAAAAAGUGACUUUUGGAGGAGAGCUGAGUCCUGAGGUGUUUGAUAAAAGUCUACCAUCCAACACCCCUUUACGUAAAGGAGGAACACCAGUAUGUCAGAAGAUCAUCUUAAGUGAAGAUUCUCCCUCCGCUCUAAAACAAGGGUUCAAGGCCCAACUCAGUUUGGAAGAUACAAUGCUCACCUCCAAUAAACUGACUGAUAAUGACAGCAGUCCUGUGAAAGACCAUUGUAACAACCCAUCACUUAAUCUGCUGAGAAAAUUGGCAGAUAACAUGGAAAAUAUUGGAACUCAACAUGUUGAUGAAGAGAGACAUUGCCCAUUCCAGAUCAAUUUUGAUUUAUUGUCUCCACCAUCAGAAUACACAUUUGAAUCAAAUCUUCAGAAGAAGUGCAAUAAAAACAAUGAAUCUCCUUGUGAUAUUUUGGAAAUGAAAGUUCAAGAACUGAAAGAGGAGCUACUGGAUACAAUUAGUCCACCUGGGCUCCCUGGAAAAGAGAAUGAAGUUGGGAUCGACAAUGUCAUUUGCAGAACUGUGAGCUCAAAGAGAACUGAGUCCAUUAGCAAGUUAAAAUUGUCAAUGAUAGGUACAGAGUCAGACAAAGGUUUUCCCACAGUUGGUGAUAUGGAACCUUCUGGAAUGAAAGCAGCAGCAAGAGCUGAGUUUGAUGCGCAACAGAUUAUUUGUAUGCACAAUGAAAUGUUGAAAAAUGGUGACAGUCAGGUCAGUGACCGAGAGCAAGACAGUUCUUGCAUUUUAGACACGUGCCCCAGUAUUGAGAUUGUUACUGAUAAACAGAGAAAUGAAACUGAAGAUAGAACAGUGUACAUUGAAUCAUCAAGUAUAGAAGUAAGCCCAAAAUCAAAGGAAGGGGUGAAAACUGGAAGUCGGGAACAAGAGUCCACAAAAGAUGAACUCCGCAGAUCUACUCGGAACAAGAGCAAGGUGAAGAAUAUUUCAAAGAACUCAACUACGGUAACUAAAGGCAAAUUUAGACAAAAAUUCAAAAAGGAACUUUAUGGAAAACGUGAAUAUGCUUCAAGGAAGCCAUUACUGAGCCCAAUCGCAGAGGUCUUGGAUAUCUGGUCUGAAUCAGCAGAUUUUCUUGAUAAUGAUGGAAAACUGGAAUGUGCACCUUCGAGGAGAAUCAGUCAUCUCUGUCUUGAGACAGGUACUGAUAUUGGAGGAGAAAGUCAACAAAGCAUGUUCAAGUCUGAAUGUUCAGCUGAAGGACAAGCUGCUAAGAGUACAGUUUACAAGUCCACAGGAAAAAAAACACACAGAUCCAGAAGACUGCGAAAGAGGAGUAAGCACUACUUUGAGGAGGACUGGAGUAUUCAGAAAUGUGUUAAAAGCGGAACUCAGAAAGGAACUGUUGGGAAUGUUAGAGGUCGCCGCAGUGUGCCCAAGGAAUUAAACAAGAAUUUAAAUUAUGAUCUUUUAAGUGGAAGUAAUGAAACAUCUAAUGUUUUAUGUGAAAGCACAGAAGAUAGAGCAUGUGGAGUAAAAGCACUGGAAGGAUCAAGUGAUAAGAAUCUUGUCAAUGACCACAAGCCAACAUUCAUGAAAAGGAAACCUUCAAAAAAGAGGGGAAAUAAGCAUGUUUGUGAAGAGUUUUCUGUGGUGGAAAAUAAUCAACAAGGAGUAACUGUUGAACAAAUCCUAAUGGAAGGACAGUGCCCAAAAGAAACUAGAUUUGAAGAAUGUAUCAAGGAGAGACUUCUAACUAGUGAUCGCAACUACUUAUGUUCUUUUCUGGAACUUAAAUCAAAUAUUGUUGAAGCGACUGAUGUGCAACUACAAACAGGGCCAGAAGAAAGGAAGGAAUUGACCUCUGUCAAUAAGGAUAAUAUAGCUGAAGAAUCCCAUGUAAAAUCACUUGAGCCAUUGAUUGCAAUUCCUGAGCAAAAGGUAUGUAUUUUACCUCCAGGUGCUCGGGAAGUGUUUCAUAGCAGAUCUCAACGUAGAAAUAGCAAAUUAUUCAGUGCAGCAGAACUGGCGUGUAAAAACCAGUCAGAACAGGCAGCUGCUGUGCAUGUUGGAGGACACCACAACAUAGAUGCAAGCAGUGAAAAUGGAGACCUAGCUGAGAAUGUGAUGCAAAAGGAAGGAGAAGAGAGCUUGUCUGACAAGAUGAUCACCAAACGAAUUGUUUCCAGUCAUAAAAAUUAUAUCAGUAAGGUUGGUGAGAUCCAAGUAAAAAGCAACUCCAAAACUCUGCUUGAUAAUUCUGGCCACUGCUGUUCUUUAGAGCAGAUAAAAACAAAUAUGGUUGAGACUGUUGACCAAUAUGAAAUUGGAAUAAAAUAUUCAGAUGUUUUCACAGAGAAUUCAGUACUUGAAAAGAAGAAGGUGAGGCGCAGUGCCCGGCUGUCUGGCUUUGUAAAUAUGGAAGGACUGAGCUGGAUAGAAAGAACCAGCCCUGAACAGUUAGAGGAAACAAACAAGAGCAUUAAGUUAACCAGAAAAUCUUUCAGGCUCAAUGAACCAUGGGGAAAACCAGAUAGUACAGAAGAGGUUGGGAGCAGAACUGAAUCCCAAUCAAGAAUCAGGAUACUGAGCCGAAGGUCACUUAGGCAUAACAGAAAUAUUGCAAUUGAUGAUUUGGAGGAACCUCCUGAGAAAAGCAUUGUAUUGAACUAAGGUGACUUUCAACAAUACGAAGUUAUUCUCAUAUAUCUGUAAAAAUAAGUUGUUUCACUUGGAUAUUAGUAUGGCUUAUUAAAGUGUGUGAAAUUUUCAUUUUCUGCUAAUUUGAAAAAUACCCAGCAAUAAAAUUAUAGAUUCUGUUCUUAAA